AUGAACCCUGAACAAAUAGACCAAUUACUUCGAAAUCAAGUAUCACAGCAACAACAAAUAACAGAAAUCCUGAAAUUUUUAGUUGAAACACGAAUUACCACACCCACACCAUUGAACAACAAUGGAACGGAAUUGCAGGUAACUACCUCAACACCGACAGAAAUAAAUAAAAUAGCCAUCAUUAAUAAUUUUAGAGGAGACAAAUUUGAACCGUCAAGUAACUCGUCAAUUGAAAAUUUUAUCGAAUAUUUUGAAGCCAAAUGUAGAAUAGGGGGUGAAAGUUACUUAAAUAUACAGAAAGACCUUUUAUUAUCAUGUUUAAAACCAGAAACAUAUCACGAAAUUAAAACAGCACUAAUACCCUCAUUCGAAAAUUCUACCUACGAUGAUAUUAAAAAUAAACUACUAGAUAUAUAUAAAACACGUAAAACAAGAUACAAGGCAUUGACUGAAUUUUGGUCUUGUAUCAGAGAUACCUGUGAAAGCAUGGAACAUUAUGCCAAUAGGUUAAAAGAACUCAGCAAAGAUUGCGGUUAUGAUGACACUAUAUUAGAACGACAGUUACGAGAUCGCUUCGCUACAGGGCUAAAUCAUCAACAAUUACAAAUUGAACUAAGACAAAAAUGGCCUGAUCUUAUAGAUACUCAAAACGGAAUAAAAACAGAAGUAACAUUUUUACAGUUAUUUGCUAUUGCUCAGUCUAGGGAACUAGCUGAAGCAGAUAUUAAUACAGAGUGUAACAUUAACAGAAUAUCUAACAAAACUGGAAACAGAAAAGAAGAAAACAUACGGAAACCAACACGCAAAUUACGCCUAGACCAAUGUCGCAGAUGCGGCAAGCACAAUAGACACAGCUUUAACAAAUGUGAAGCCAGAAAUCAUGAAUGUACAGAAUGUGGAGUUAUAGGUCACUUUGAAAGUUGCUGCAUUAAAACUGGCCGAGCGUACCUUGACAACUAUAAACCGCUUAAAAAAUCAACUAAGUUUCAGAAAAAUAGGCACUUAUACAGAAUUACAGAAAGAGCAAAUAUAACUAACAGAGUUUCACAAACACCAACUUCAUCAUUUUCAGGUAGCGAAGAAAGUGAGGAAGAGAGCAAUACCUACAAAAUACAAAAUAAAAAAACAAGCAGAUGUAAAAAAAUAGAUGUUAAAAUUAACGGUAUUAAGUGUACAAUGGAUUGGGAUCCAGGUUCCGUAUAUUCCAUCAUUAAUACUAAAAUGUGGAGAAAAAUUGGAUCACCCUCACUAAUGCAAGCACCCACAUUAAAAGCUUACUGUAACUUCAAACUAAAACCGAAAGGCUUAACUGAUAUUACUGUAGAGGUUGAUAACCGAAGUUUAAUAUUACCAGUAAUUGUAAUGAAGCAUGCUGAGCCAAUGCUCUUUGGCCUACAGUGGAGUGAAUCUUUUGAUAUGAUUUUUCCGGAACCCGUUUACUCUAUAAAAAAUAUUGCAAUGACAACGAACAUGUCACUUAAGCGUGUAUUAGAUGCUCACACUAGGCUCUUCGACGGUAAACUAGGAAGAGUAAACAAUUAUCAAGUAAACAUCCACAUUAAAGAAGGAGUAGAACCAAAACAUCUUCCUGCUCGUCCUAUAAAAUUUAGUAUUAAAAGAAACGUAGAUAUUGAAUUAGAGCGUUUGGGCGAGAAUAAUAAAGUCGCUGAUUAUUUAUCACGUAUGCCAAAUCCUAAAGAGGAACCUACAAGAGCUGAAUUAAGAAUUCAUAAAAUUGACGAAAUUACACAAUACGACAAAAUAAAUGAUUUAUCACUAACUCAACAACAUAUUAAGGAAGAAACCGCGAAAGAUAAUAGCCUUAAACAAGUAAUGCAAUUCAUUAAAACAGGAUGGAUAAAUUUAGUAAAGGAAGCAGAACUACAACCUUAUUUACGCAAACGUGAAGAACUUGCAAUAGAAAACAAUUUAGUUAUGUGGCAGGGUAGAAUUGUGAUGCCGUGCACAUUGCGCCUGCCCACGUUAAAAUAUUUACACAGAGGUCAUCCAGGAAAAUCACCAGCUCAAAUGAUGUUUGGACGCAGACUUACAUGUGAGUUAGACAAUGCCCGCCCGAAUCUAAAGCAUCAAUUGAGAUUUAAGCAAUUACAAGCAGACAUUCUGAACGAAAAUACAAAAGCUUUUAGACCCGGAGAUAACGUUUAUAUUCGAGAUAAAGUGAUGAAACAGUGGAAGCCAGGUGUUAUUAAGCAGAGAACACAUAAAUACUCAUAUAAAGUCAAUACACCCGAUGGAACAGAAAGGCGAAUGCAUGCAGAUCAUAUUAGGCCAAGAGCCAUGGAUAGAGAAAAUGAUACAAAAGCUGAACAUACACCAAUCAGCUCAACAUGGUUUGAACACAAAGCACCAGACAGAAAACAACCAAAUUCAUCUGAAAAAUCUACUGAACCAGUGACUCCGAUAAAAGCCUCGAUUCCUAAUAUUACACCCACAGAAACGAUAACGAUACAAUCAACACCUAGACCCGGAAGCCUAAUAGCAGAAACAAUCGAACAAGACAGGCUAGCCAAUGAAUCGAAUAAGGAUAGAGAAAAUAAAGCGAUACAACGACGUAGUAAACGUACUAUAAAACCGCCACGAAGGUUGAUUGAAGAAAUG